GGAGCGAAGAGGCCUCCCCGGAGGAGGAUGGUCCCCGCGGUGGGGCUGCAGCUGCUGAGCCCGCCGUGUACUCCGUCGAUCCUUUUGUCUCAAACUAUGCCAGAGAUGACAGAGAAAGCUCCUCUUAAAAAGCAGCACCGGAAGAAAAACCGUGAGACUCAUAACGCAGUGGAGAGGCAUCGAAAGAAGAAAAUCAAUGCUGGUAUAAACCGAAUUGGUGAGCUAAUUCCAUGUUCCCCUGCACUGAAACAGAGUAAGAACAUGAUCCUCGAUCAAGCAUAUAAAUAUAUAACAGAAAUGAAAAAGCAAAAUGAUGAACUCCUGUUGAAUGGAGGAAACAAUGAACAAGCUGAAGAAAUAAAAAAACUCCGGAAGCAGUUGGAUGAACUCCAGAAAGAAAAUGGGCGCUACAUAGCAUUAUUGAAAGCCAAUGACAUUUGCCUUUAUGAUGAUCCUACCAUCCACUGGAAAGGGAAUCUUAAAAAUUCAAAUGUUUCUAUUGUGAUCCCCAACGAUCAGGCACAAAAGAAGAAAGAAAGUCUGAAAAAUACAAAUAUUUCUGUUGUUAUCCCCAAUGAUCAACUGCAAAAGAAUAUCAUUGUAUAUUCCAAUGGCAGUCAGUUUGGUGGAAGUACCCAGGGGGCAUCUGUCCAAGGAAUAACUUUCAAUAUAGGACAUAAUUUACAGAAACAGACAGCUAAUGUUGUUCCUGUCCAGAGAACUUGCAACACUCCUGCAACCAUUUCUAGUAUUUAUUCAACAGCAAUCAAAUCAGGUAUACAAACUUCAGUUUCUUCUUUAGUAUCAGGCCUACCCAAUGCAGACAAAAAAGCCCUUGAGCAACCUACCUCUGAGAACAAGCAGGGCAUGUCUACUUGUACUAGUGCUGCCGGUUCUCUGCAUACCUCUCAGCUAGUAAGACUGCAGACUGAAAAACAGAUUUCAUCACAAGAAGAGGAUGACAUCUCCAAACCUAAAAAUAAACAAGGGAGUUUGAAGUUGAUUGAGAAAGCAAGUGUAUCGAGCCCCAUCCUUCCUUCCAGUGUUAGUGUAGAUGUACUUCAUUGUCAACUAGCAAAUAUACCACCAGAAGCAGGUUCAAGAAGUGGGUCCCUAGGAAGCUGUGUGACUUCUACAGGUGACCCAACCUGUGCUGCAUCUGUAAGGCAAUCCACUGAUGGAAAGCCAUCCACAGAAAAGGUCUUCAAAAGCCUAGAUGGUAGAGCUGCAGAAGGAGUAGAAGCUCUGAAGGCUGUAACAGAACUGAAUGCGGUGCCUGCUACUACUGUAGAGAAAUGGCCUUUUCCCAGUUCUUCAGGUGUUGGCAUUCCAGACUCAAAAAGCAUGGGUAGUCUUAUGCGAAUCACUUCAGCUGGAAAUACUCAAACUACAUGGACUACAUUACAGCUAGCAGGAAGCACUGUUCAGCCUCUAAACCAUGCUCCAUCCAACGUAAUUCCAGCCCUUUUAAAUGAGCCAAUUAAUGAUGCUAGUAUUGUAGCUACCAGUCCAAACAAGACUCUGGCCAAUGCUGCUGGUUUAAACAACUCUCCAGUUCCCGAUGAACACCCAGCUGACCAAUUGGUUGUUACCUUGCCUUCCUAUUCAUCUUUACCUAUUCAGCCACUAAUUAGUAAGAUGCAAACUAGAGCCCAAAUUGCAGGUAGCCUCCUUCCCCUGAAUCCAGCCAUGCAAGUGAUUCAGGUAUCUCAGCCAAUAACCUCACCUGCCAAUGCGUCACCUGUUAAUCAGAACAUCGUCAUUCUCCAGCCUCCUAAUGCUAAUCCCUGUCCUCCAGUACUGAGAGCUGAACUCCCAAAUCAGACCGUUAGCCAACAGAUUGUAAUAAUACAAACCGCUAAUCCAAAUCCCCUCUCCUUUUUCUCGACACCAUCAGCUGUUAAAAUGCCUGUGAAUGGAACAAAUGCUGGCAAUCUUAUACAAAGUGCCUCUGGCCCUCAUAUGUUCGGUGGGAAACAUCUUGUCCAUAUUUUACCAAGGCCCUCCUCUUCAACAUCUUCUUGCCUGACACAAACAUUUUCAGUUUCAGUGUCUAACCAAAAGCUUCCACAGACCAUUUCUUUAAAUGGACAGUUAUUUGCAUUAAAGCCUAUGAAGUCCUGCUCUGGAGGUUUAGAUCAAACCCCUAUGCAAAUUAUUCAGCCUACCACCAGUGAAGAUCCAAAUACCAACAUUGCGCUCAAUGCGUUUGGUGCUUUAGCUAACCUCAAUCAAAGCAUAUCACAGAUGGCUGGCCAAAGCUGUCUACAGGUGUCUGGCAAUCAGCCUACCAACCCCAAAACUGUCAGUAGCCAGACCACACCAAUAACUCCUGCUUUGCUAGCAGCCACAAUACCUUCCUCUUCAGCUGCUGAGAAUUCUGGGUUAACCUGUACUUCAACUUCACUAGAUGUUUCUCCCCACAAAGCUGCUGGUUUGGGCUCAAAAUGGCCUAACAAAAGUUCAGGUACUAAGAAAAGCUUAGUAGCCAGCAACAACCUUGCAUGUCAAGUGGAUCCUGGCAAAGAAUGCAAAAAAUUUGAUAGCAGGAAUGUGGCCACUGCAUCCGAACAUUCAGGAAGUGACAUAUUGCUUGAAAACAUGCCUGUUCUGCAGUGCUUGGCUCUACCACAAGCAAACUGUAGAGUAACACCAAAUGAUGUAAAUGCUUCUGAUCCUCAUCCCAAAGAUAGACUGAGAGCUGAACAGGACAUGGAAUCUACCCUGACACCUGACCUGAAUGCAGCUGUAGUGCCUAGAUCACUGUCCCUUGAAUCAUCCUUACUGGGUCAAUUUGAAGUAGUUCCUGCAAUUUCCACAGACCGUGCUUCUCCAUCUCUUCAGACCAACUCAACAGCAAAUCCUCAGUUAUCAGACCUGUCCAAGUGCAUACCCACCAGUCCUUUACUAGCCUCUUCUUCUGAUUCUCGGGUGACUAUUUCUCAAAAUUCUGAGACACCGGUGUCAAAUGGAGAAACAAAUACAGAGAGCGUUCCCAGAACAGAGGUCUCAGAGAUCUGCAGGAUGGAACAAAAUUGUUCCAUAGUAAUGCAAGCCUCAGAUUUAUUGGAAGAACAGGGCCUAACCAAAAUGUUCUCAGAGUUUAGUAAAGUAGGAGAAGUUGUACAAAAAUCCUUUUCAGUCCAAGUAGAGCACCCCAGUUUUUGUACCCAAAGUGUAAAAUCAAAUAUCAACCCAAAUGAUAACCUGGGAAGGAAACAAGAAGGGCUCUUGCUAAUGAACACUGAGGAAGAAAACCUUGCACGGUCUAAUUCUUGCACCUCCGACCAGGAGGCAGUCGCUGCUAAUAGGCAGGCAGACUCCCCCAUGUCAACUAGUUCAGGUAGCAGUUGUGGCUUUUCUGUUGCAUCCAUGUUGCCAGAUACGUGUAGGGAAAAUGUUUCUAACAGCACUUUGGUGAACACACACAGCACCUGCACAUUUUCAGAGCAAACAGAUAUUGUGGCACUGGCUGCAAGAGCAAUUUUUGACCAAGAGACUCUUGCAAAAAAUACAGGAACAGUAUUGGGAACUUCUGCUUCCAAGAGUAGUAAAGUGGCAUCUCUAGGAAGAGACCAACCAUUCAAAGCCCAUCCAGUUAAAAACACUAAUCAGAUAGAAACAGUGCCAGACAAUUUCACUACCCAGAGUUCAGUGCAAAUAAACAUUGAGUUGUCUGCGGAGAAAAGCUGUUCUGUUGGUCUGGAAAUGUCUGAUACAACUUUGCAGAUUCCAACCCCACAGCCUUCAAGCACCUCAAGCUUGAGUGUCAAUAAUCUCAUACAUCAAACCUGCAUCAUCCAUCCUCCAGUAAGUUGCUCAGGUGUACCCUCAUCUUCAGACCAAACAACUGUUUCUGUGUCUGGGACUCAGUCCAUGCCUGCUAAUUCAUAUAUGACUCAGUCUCCAGGACGUUCUCCAGGCUUGAUGGCAGACUAUCCCUCAGAACAGCUAUCUGCUCUUCAGACUAGCACAGUGACAGGUCCGCAGAUGUGCGAACCGCACUUAAAGCAGCAAAGACAAGAAAGCCGCAAAGAAUCAGCCAAGCGUUCUGUUCAAGAUGAUCACCUGCUUUCUACAUCAAAGAGGCAGAAACAGUGCCAGACAGCACCUCUACAGCUUGAAGAGAUGGCUCUGCUGAAUCAAACAGCUGAUGAUAUUGAGGAUCAAAAUCAAAUCCGUGUGAAUCAGAUCCCCUCCAAUUCAUCUAAUCUCGCAGUGUCCGUGAGUAGUCAAGGACAUACCAAUGGCCAUAGCAGGUUAUUUCAAGCCAGCAAUUUCGUGUCACCUACUUUGAGGCAAGCUGAAAUUCAGUGUAAUUCUCAUCCACCAAUCUUAGAUCAAGCAGGACAACAUCUGCAGCCUAUCCAACAUGCUCUCUCUCAAGGAAUGGCUCAUCUUCAAGCUAAUCACCCAUACAUAAAGCCACAGCAACAGCAGGCUGGACAGCUAAGAGAAAGGCAUCAGUUGUAUCAACUUCAGCAUCAUAUUUCUCCUGCAGAAAGUUCUGUACACUCUCAAGCUCAUAUUGUCCAUCAGCAAAGAAUAUUGCAUCAAGAGGUACAGCUGCAGAAAAAGAGAAGCCUCAUUCAAGCAACUCAGCCUACCACACUUGCUUUACAGCAGAAGCAUCAUGGAAAUGACCAAUCACGGUCAAAGGGUAGCCAGCCACAUCCUCAUCACUCCCAGAUUCAACAGUUGCAGCAGCACUACCCUUCUUCCCAGCCUGAGAAGAAUUGUGAGAAUCCCGCUUUGAGCAGAACUCAUAGCCAUCCGCGGAGCCAUCCAACUCAGGACAUUCUGCAUCAGCAGUCAUCAGACGUGGGCAACAGACAGCCAGGUUCUGGAGUUCCUUCUGAACAUGUCUCAGGACAUAGCCAGAUGCAUAGACUGUUGACCUCCAGGGCUUUGGAGCAGCAAAUAGUGUCUCAACCUAGUAUUGUCACCAGACCAGAAGUUGCUUGCCUCCCUCAUAGGCAAGAAAGAAAUAGAGUUAGUAGUUACUCUGCAGAGGCACUUAUUGGGAAAUCUUCAUCUAAUUCAGAACACAGGCUAGGAGUAUCCAUGCAGAGCUUCAAAGUUUCAGACCAUCUUGAAAUGAGAAAUUAUGCUGAUGUAUCUAGGAAUAAAGAACUGGUAAUCCAUAAUACACAAAGUCGUGUAUCUGUAGAUCAUCCACUUGGAUCAGAUAUUCAAAGGCUCUCUGAGUGCCAGACAUUUAAGGUGAAUGCCAUUAAUCAACAGCCUACAGGUAAUUUUGAUGUGCAAUCUUCAAGAAGUAAUGAAAUAGGUAAUGCUCUCAGGGGUAUGCAGACGCAGAGUUUUCGACUUGCCCAAAAUGCUGGACCACCAGUAGACAGACAAAAAAGGUUGUCUUAUCAACCAGUUCAAAGCAUUUCAGCAGGAAAUCCUCUUCCCCCCCGAAGAGACAAUGAGAAUACAUGCCACCAAGGUUUCAUGCAAAGUUUACUUAUUCCUCAUCUUGGAGAUCAAGCUAAUGGAAGCCAACGGCCAAUUUCAGAGCAUCAGAGAAAUCCACAGUGUGCUACUUCUUCAAAUGUUGAUUAUAAUUGUGCCCCAGCAAGAGAAAGUAUUCAUAUUCGGAGGGAAGGUGAUGAUCAGAACAGAGAAAGUUGUGACAUGUCUCUUGGUACUAUUAAUGGUAGGAACAAUUCAUUAACUAUUCCCUUUUCAAGUUCUUCUGGAGAUAUUCAAGGCCGUAACUCAAGUCCCAAUAUUUCUAUCCAGAAAUCUAAUUCCAUGAGAAUAACAGAGAGCCAUGGAACAAAGGGUCACAUAAAUGCCUCAGCUUCUAGCAAUGUACAUGGAGCUACACGUCCUCUUCACUAUGCACCAGUCUCUCGUGGGAAUGCUGACCAAGUUCCUCCAUCUGUUCGUCACACCAAUUCUUCAGCCACUGACCGAUCAAGACAUCCUUUGCAGGAUAAUGGUGGCUCUAAAAUUCGCCAGCCUGAAAGGAAUCGUUCUGCAAAUCAAAGACAUGGGAAUGUGUUUGAACCUUCUCUUCCUCAACUUCCUUUAUCCACUGGUGGAGGAAUGAUCCUUGGACGACAGCAACCUACCCUUGAAAAAAGGGGCAGCAUUGUGCGAUUCAUGCCUGAAGGACCACAAGUGUCUCAUGAUAGUACAGCUGCUGAUCAGCACACGUUAUCUCAAAAUUUUGGAUUCUCUUUUAUUCCAGAAAGUGGAAUGAAUCCCCCAGUAAAUGCUAAUGCAUCAUUUAUUCCACCAGUGACUCAACCCAAUGCUACCCGAACAGCAGCCCUGAUUCCAGUAGAUCCUCAAAAUACAUUGCCAUCUUUCUAUCCACCAUAUUCUCCUGCACACCCUACCCUGUCUAAUGACAUUUCAAUUCCUUAUUUUUCUAACCAAAUGUUUUCUAAUCCAAGUACAGAGAAGCCAAAUGGUGGAGGCUUAAACAAUCGUUUUGGUUCUAUUUUGUCACCUCCUAGACCAGUUGGCUUUGCUCAGCCAAGUUUUCCCCUUUUGACAGAUAUGCCUCCAAUGCAUAUGGCCAAUUCAUCACACUUGUCCAAUUUUAAUUUGACUUCUUUAUUCCCAGAAAUAGCUACAGCUCUUCCUUCAGAUGGAUCGGCAAUUUCACCACUGCUCUCAGUAGCAAAUACUUCUGGUUCUGACUCUUUGAAACAAUCGUCAAACCGGCCUGCCCAUAACAUAAGCCAUAUUCUAGGUCAUGACUGCAGUUCAGCUGUAUGAAAAGAAUGGGAAGGGGGUGAAUUUUUUUGAACGCCUGUGUUUGUGUGUGUAAUGCAUAUAUACUUGUAUAAAUUUGGAUUUACCAUUUCUAAGGAGUCCAUUUGUAAUAUCGCUCUUGGAACUGUUUCAUUUGCAGAUUAUUCUUGGGCUUAUACAUAAACAUUUAUAUUGCUCACUUAGAAUCUUGAUGCAUCUUUAAGUGCAAACUAGUUGUUAAGACUAAGCUGUUUUAACAGCUUAUGAUAAUGUGACACUCCUCACCCCUGUAUUGUUACCAUCUUUAUGAAAAAUGGGACUAGGAAAACAAACCAAAGAGUUGCAUUUAUAAUCCUUGGAAAGUAACAUUUUGCCCAUGAUGUAUGUGGAACAUAUAGGCUGCUUUUAAAAAUUGGUGUUGACAUCUAUUUGUGAUAAAUUCUUCUAUUCCAAUUUAAUGCCAUGCUUAGUUUCUAAUGACCUGUAUGAAAACUGUAUGGAAAUUAUUGCUUCAUGUACAAGUUUUAUAGCAGAAAUAUAAGUAGUAAUAUUAUAUCUAAGUAGUUUCCUCCCACUUGAUAGAGAAUUCAUUCUUUUUGCCCCUGAUUUAAAUACUGUGAGCUUUCUCAGGUAUCAUUUUUUUCUUGUUUAGAACCCUCUUAAGAAGGCUCCUCUUCCUUCCCUUUUUUUUACAUUAACCAUUUUAAAUUUCCUCUAGUAAUAAGAACACUAGAAAUAUUGUUAAAUGAGGCUGUAAACAAAGUGAACAGGAGUGAUAGCAGUCUGUAGGCAAACUUAUUACAUGCAUAAAUAACUUUUUGCUCUGGCCAAAGUCAGAGGAACUAUAAGGAAAAAGAGGAUCAUGUGAUGUUUAACGGAAUGGUCUUGAUAGUGUAAGUUGAGAAUGGAAAUAAUGCCCCCCAAAAUAGUUGAUUUAAACAUUCCAAAACUGUGUCAAGCAACAAGGGAAUAUUUUUGUAAAGAUCAAAAAACAUAUUUUAAUGCACCCCUUUGAUUUCUUUAAAACACCAUUAUCGUUUCUAUUUGUCUCUCCACACUGCUGAUGGCAAAAUUAUGAUGGUAUCAGUAAGUCAUUGUCUAAGGUAUUAUUGUGAUGAAUUGCUAAUUCUUUGUUUACAUUUCUUUCUAUAAGGUCUGCAAACUGGUAACUAGAAUUGUAAUCAUUGCCAUAAUGUCUCCUUUCUAUUGAAGGAGUUAACAUACAAAGGAUUCUAAAAUGGGGAUAUUAGUAUCAUUUACUAGUAUUUAGCAAAGCACUAAGCUGAAGUUACUGUAUAUUUAUAGCUCUGUCUUGGAACUGCAGUACAACAGUAUGAAUAACCAUAAGCUCAGCUUUCUGGCUAUAGGAUAGUUGUAUCUUAUCACUAUAUUGCAUUGAUAUUUGGAAUGUGAAACAACAUUCACAUCCACUUCUAGACGGAGUUUCUAGAGCAGCCUCAUUUGGGGAGGCGAGUCAGAUACUUUUUGAUAGCAGGAAGAAAAUGUCUUCCUACAGUGGCUAACCAGAGCCGUUGGCACCUAAACCUAAUCCCCUGCAUUUCCAUGGUUGACCUGGUUAGAGUCUUUGUAGAUCAUGCAAAUAGGGCCAGAUAGCUUAUAGUUUUACUUUCUUUUUCCUCCCUCUUAUUAGUUGGCUAUGCAGUUGAUUGUCUACAGGAAACAAGUUCCUAUUUAUCAUAUUCCAUGGGGGGGGGGGGAAACAGGUGCUCUUCCUAACCAAUUUAAAUGCAUAACAUGUAGGGAGAAUGUAAGAAUGGGAAGUGGCCAAGAAUAUAUUGACCAGCAGAGAAAUUCAGUUUCUUGAACAAACUUUCUAUGCAAAAGUUUAUGCUUUUAUGAUUUCUGAGAGUGUUAAGUUUUUCUGAAAAUGUAUUUGAAGAGUCUGAUGCACAGAUGAACAGGAAAUGCAAGUAAAUGGCAGGGUAUUUAACUAAUAGGAGAAACUGUAUUCCCUUCUGUUGAGUCAAUUUUUAUCAUGCUUUAGUGCAUAGAGGAAGCCUUGAUAGUUAGAAGGAUGUAAGUCUGACAUUCUGCACAUUGGUUUGGGUUAACACCUUUUAUGACAAUAGGUGAAAAAAAUUAAGCAUUCAGACUUUCAUAUAUUUGGUUUAGUCAUAUAAACCAAUAGCUACUCUCUCUGAGCAUUUAUCAGUAAUUUUUGCUAGGAUUUUUAGUAGACAUUAGUAUAGAUUACUACUAGUAUUUUUCAAAAGUAUUCUCACACUAAAAUAUAUUAUAACAUCUGUCUUGAUGUUGCCUGCAAUGGUAAUAUUGCUGCCGCAGAUAUUACCUAAGUUUUUAUUAUUAGUAGGGAUUCUGUUUAGCAGAAGAGCAUCAGCUCCCUAUUGAGAUUCAAAUCCAAUUUUUUCUCCUUUUUUCAGGUAAUAGUGCCCUUCAGUUAAAAAUCGCAUGAGGAAAUACUUGCUUUGAAGAAUGCCCUUAACUUUUUUUUAAUUAUUAAAAAUGCUAAUAUUUUCUAACAUUUGUGUUACACUAUCCCAGGCUUCUACCUUUAUUACAAAUUUCCCAUGGUAUGAUCUCAUCAAGAUCUCAUAAAUUGUGAUCUUAUCACAUUGUCUUACCGACACUGAUGUGACUGGAAGCUUCCCAUAUCCCAGAAAAGUACAUGAAGCAAUGGGGACUUCCAAGGUUUGUAAAAUCCAUAGGAUGUCAGCUUUUGGAUGCGUGUAGAACUGAACUUUCCUUAUUGCUAAGAUCUAUAGAUGCAACAGUGGCUGAAUCAUCUGAAAAUAUGGAAACUCUAGUUUAUAUAGAUGUAUGUAAAUAAUGUUUGGGGUUUCUGUUGAGUCUAGGUAGUCAAGCCUUGCUCUUUUAAUGGGAACAGAUAAAGAAAACUUGCUGUCACACAGCAUAGUAGCCUACAGGUUUAUAUCCUGUGGUCAAACUUUUCUUUCUAUGCUGUGCUGCUACGCCAUGACAGCUUCCUUAUGCACAUAGGGGAAUUAUCUAAAGUCCUCCUUGUUUUGAAAUUAAGAAAUGUAUGGUGAUUGUGCUACAGUUUUCAGCAAAUUAAGAAUGUAUGCUGUUGUGCAUUCUGUAAUAUUUUAUCCACUACUUAAGGUCCCCCAGAAUUUUUCAAAAUCUGGAAGAGAAACUUGUAAUAGCACUGAUAAGGAAAGUUUAUUAUUAUUGUAAAUAAGGUUUUUUAUUUUGACACCUUUUUACAAAUUGAAUGCAUUUGUAUGUAAAUACCUGCAACACUGAUUUUUUAAAAAAAAUUCAGAUUUUUAUUAAAUGUAAAAUUAUAUUGAUUGUAAACAUUGUAUAGAUAUAAACAAAAUGGUAUUUUAUUUUUUAAAAUGUACAAUUGUGCACUAUCAUUUUGUGUUCUGCUUGUGCUUUGUGAUUCUUCCCUUGCAGGAAAAACAAAAAGCAAAACCAAUGAUCCUAUAUUUAAAUAUCCAGACAAA